AUGUCAGGGGCAAAGUCUCUUCUCGAGGUAGCAGAGGACAAAAUUAUGGAACAGCUCUUAGACGCCAUAAAGGGAUACAAUUCCACCGCUGCCUUUUCCUGCGGCGGAGCAGUCCCAAUUGACAUCCGAAGCACUACUCGAUACGGUGAUUUCACCAGUGCAAAAACACCCAUCACGUCCCCUCCCGUGACCAUUCGCUGGGACGAUCAAGCCGGCGAUAUCGCAGGCAAAAUCCAAUUUCCCGUCCCAGCUGGAAAGGAAGCUGUUCUGGAGAAGCUUGUCAAGAGUUGUCAGCCAGCAACAUUUGGGUUUGGAGGAGGCAAUGUGCUCGAUGAGCGGAUACGAAAGGCGGGGAAGUUAGAAGCGAGUGAGUUCUCGACGAGUUUCAAUCCUUAUGAUUAUGGGAUUGUGGAUGCGGUUGCUCAGGCUUUACUGCCUGGGAUUGCAAGGCCAGAGGGCAUUGACAGGGCGGAGAAUGGUGCCAAUGCUCAGCAUUGGGGUGUUGUGGCGGAACUCUACAAGUUGAAUGCAUAUUCUGCCCCAUCGGACAAGUUCAAGCCACAUGUUGAUACUCCAAGAGGCUUCACACAAUUCGGCUCUUUGGUCGUGAGCCUGCCAAAUCCGCAUGGAGGAGGUAUCCUUCGCGUAGCACACAAAGGCGUCGAGCGCUUCUUCGAUCUCGGCAGCAAUGAUUCCAAGACCUCCUCAACGAUCCACUGGGCAGCUUUCUACUCGGACUGUGAGCACGAAGUUCUCCCUGUCACCUCAGGACACCGCAUAACCCUAACCUACCAACUCUACGUCUCCGAGCAUCUCGGCGGAGUCGUGCAUCCAACCUUCCCCACCGCAGAUCCGAAGCUGUACCCUCUCUACCAAUCCCUGAAAGAAAUGCUCGAGUCCCCUGCAUUUAUGAAGAAAGGCGGCAUGCUUGGUUUUCACUGCGCGCACCAGUACGCCCAUACGAACAAUACCGCGAACCAGAGACUGCCCCAUGCGCUCAAGGGAAUCGAUGUGGUAAUCUUCACCAUCUUCAGAAGUCUGGGCUUGAAAACACAGGUUAGGCCUGUGUUGGACCAGGAGUUCAAUGAAGGGGAGCGUGAUUAUAAUGAUGUCGAAUUUGAUGAAGAGGAGUAUCAGAGGUCAGCUAAGAAUCUCACGCGUGCUUUACCGGAGUUCAAGGAAAUUGUGAUUCUAGGGGAAGAGGCGGGGUUUGAACCUGAAGAUUUCGAGCUUGCUAGACACUGGGGAAAGUAUGAUAUUUUCGAGCAUGUGAAAUGGGUGGAUCAGGGAGAUAAGAAGAAUAACGAGGUCGCCAUGGCGUUUCAGGCGUGGUGUGGGAAUGAACAUGAGACGGGGUGGUGGUACUCGUUCGCGGCCAUCCUAGUCGAUGUUCCACCAUUCUCGAAGAGAAAUUUGGAGGAAGGCGUUCAGGGGCUGUCUGUAGGAGAGAAAGAUCGAAGUCCGGAAAAUAAAGAAGCUGGAGUUUAA